UUUCUUAUUGUGUACUACUGAUGAAAUUCACUGCGAACAAGUGGUGGUAAAGGUCAGAAUGACUCUUUCUCUUCCCCUCAUCUUUCUGCUCAUGAUUUCUGGAGUUUUUGGACAAAACUGGACUGUGAGUUAUGAGGUUAAAUCAAUAUGUGCUCUUAAAGGAUCCACAGUAAAUAUGUCAUGCUCGUAUACAUACCCUCAGCAGUAUAAACUGAGUGAUACAUUUUGGAUAAUGUGUGAGAAACAGAACAAAACAGAAGAUAUCAAAAGUUUAACAGAAUACCCCGAGUAUAAAGACAGGGUUGAAUACACUGAAGACAGAGAAAACAAAACUGCCAUUCUUAGACUGCACAACAUCACUGAAAACGAUGAAAGAGCAUAUUGUUUCAGAAUACUAACUGAAACAGAUUUACAAAGAUGGAUUGGUCGAGUGGGAAUUCUGCUGAAUGUUUCAGCUCUUCAGGUAAAGGCACCACAGCUGGUGCUGAAGAAACAAACAGUCAAUCUGACCUGUGAAACGACAUGUAAUCUGACAGACGGAUUCAUCUGGUACAAAAAUGGACAGGCUUUAAACAUCCACAAAGAAACACUCCAGUUUCUGUCAGAGCGCAGUGAUUCUGGCAGUUAUAGCUGCGUCGUCAGAGGACAUGAACAUCUGCCCUCUCCUGCUGUCAACAUCACUGUCAUGUAUCCUCCAGAAAACACCUUAGUGUCCAUCAGUCCAUCUGGUGAAAUAGUGGAGGGAGAUUCAGUGACUCUGAUCUGCAGCAGUGAUUCAAACCCUCCUGCUCUGAACUUCAGCUGGUUUAAGGAGAAUCAAAACUCAACUACUGAAUCUGGACAGAGUUUCAGCAUCUCCAGCAUUAACUCCAGUCACAGUGGACUCUACUAUUGUGAGGCUCAGAAUGAAUAUGGAUCUCAGAGAUCAGCAUCUGUUUCAGUCACUGUUAAAGGUGUUUCAAAUAGCUUGUUUAUCAUUGCUGUCUGUGUCACUGCUGCAGUUGUAGCUGGAUUUGGGCUUUUGUUUCUCAUCAUCAUCAUUGUGCACAAAAGGAGUAAGAGAAGAAAUAAUGACUCUAAGGACACUGAGCAAAAGAAGGUGGGUAAUGAAUCAUUAAAAUUCACUUGA